UAUCCUGAUAUAAACCCAUCUCUGAUUGGUUUGAAUUCUCGCGCCGCAUAUGCCGCCAUUUUGGAAACGAAUUCAACGUGGUGAACAGUGAAGAUGUCGGACACCGAAAACAACGAAGUUGAGCAGGACGUUGGGGGAGACAUGGAAGAAGAGAAUCCAGUGGAGGAAGACAAACCACAGGACGAAGACCGGACAGACGCCGACCAGUCGAUAGAAUCAACAAGCUCCCCAGCAUCAUCGUCGACCAAGUCCCCGGCCAAGAGCACCUCCAGUCCCAAGAAAACACCCCAGAAGCGGAAAGCUGACCAGAACGGGGAGGGGGAGACGAAAGAUGAGGAAGAGAGCGAUGAUGAAGACGAGUCUAGCGAUGAAGAACUCGUGGGUUUGUUGGAUGGUCCCGUCCAGCUGAUGACUGGCAAGAGAGAGAGGAAGAAGACGGAACGGUUGACCUUUGACACCAAGAAGGAGGCCGUGGACACCAAGUUUGAAGUGGAGGAAGGCAGGGGGACGAGGCUUGGGGAUAUUCCAAACGUUGAGUACUACAUAUCCAGGACCAACUCUGAAAACUUCCGGGCAAUCUACCGGUUCCUCUUAGGCAGAACGGGAAAGGCUCACGAAAUCAAGAAAAAUAUUCGUAAAUUCUCUGGGUUCAACUUUGACAAAGACUCGCCGGAGUAUACGAAGAAGGAAGCCACAUUAGUCAGAUACACGAUGGAGGGACUGAAGGAGGUCUGCAUGUGGCUAGACCUGGACAAGUCGGGAAACAAGGAAAAGAUCCUGGAGAGAAUCAUGGAUUUCUGCUUAAAACCCGAGCCCUCGGGAAGACCACAUCCUCAGAAAAAGAGGAAGCCCAAAGUCGUGAAGAAGAAAGGAAAGAAGAGGAAAAGAAAGGAGGAUGGCUCCGGCGACGCCAAGAAAGCCAAGAAGGCCAAGAAGUCGAAGAAAUCAUCGGAAGAUGUUGACGCAGACGAAGAAAAUGAAGAAGAUGUUGAAGAGGAGGAAGAAGAGGAGGAGGAGGAGGGGGCGGAGUCAGCUGAGGGGGAGGAUGGAGACGACGAAGAUGAGACACAGGAACCCAAGAAGAAGAAGGCCAAAUUAGACAAGCCGUCACCUCAGAAGAAAGUGGAAAAGAAGAAACAGGAGAAGAAAAAACAGGCUCCCAAAUCACCCAAGAAGUCUCCGAAAAAGACCCCAGCUAAAAAGACCACCCCCAAGAAGACAACACCCAAGAAAGCCUCGCCCAAAAAGAAGGCAUCAAUACAGAUCACACCCAAGUCAAAGAGCAAGGCAAAACCGCUGACGAUAGAAGACUCCGACGAUAGUUCCGAUGACGAACCACUGAUGAGGAAAGCUGAACCAUCGGAGGACCAGAUCGAGCAAACCAUCAAGACGUUCCUGGAGAAGGCCGACCUGGAGUUAGUCACCAUGAAGAUGGUCUGUAGGAAGGUCUACGAGACUUACCCAGACUUCAACUUGGCUCACAAGAAAGACUUCAUCAAAGCCACCGUCCGAUCGAUAAUUUCAUGAUAGGAGAUCAAACUGCUUCCCCGACAGAUGACAUUCUUCAUCCUUUCAAACCCAGUUGCAGCUACAACGGUCUUGCAUGAACACGUUUUGCCAAAAUCAGGAAAUUUAUAAUUCGCCAAACUAUCAAACGCAACUUUCUAAAUUGCCAAAAAAAGCUUCACAUUCCGGGAACAAAAGGAAAAGAUAAUUAAAUGAAAGCUAGAAAAAUGGUGGUGUUUUGGGGGCAGUUAAACACAAGUCUUUUCUCCAUGACAGUACUUUCAUGUUGAAAUUGCGAUGCGCCAGUAAAAAGAAUAAUUUUUGCGAGUUUUUCAAUCUUGUUACGGGAAUAAGAAAUUGCGAUUCGUUGUUGAAUUCCACUCCAAGUUUCAAAGGCUUUUUGUAAAAUAAUCCUGCCUUAAAUACUCCCCCUGUGAAUCACUCCCUAAUGUACAUACACCACACAGGCCUAUACCUUCCUCUGUUUUAAUGUAGCUAUGUAGUUUGUGAAUUUGUUUAUAAUGUACAUGUAUAUAGGACACUGUUAAAUACACUCAAAUCCAUCUUUUUAUUAGGCGUUCAGGAUUUUACAAGCUCGCAUAAUUAUUGUAGAUGUUUCACUAUUUUUUUUUCAAGUAAAAGGAUGUUUCAUCUUCAAUACAUCACAAGAGAACAUUUCUUUUAACCGAAAGUUUGUUUCCAUUUCCCUUGAUAUUUUUAAUAAAGACCGGGUUUCCUAUUUUUUCUUCUGAAUUUUGAUUUGGUUCAUGAUAAAACAGUAUUGUGUUCCUCAAUGUAAACAAAAAAUGAUGCUGAGGAGACAUGAGUGUAGUCUGAAAUAAUUUAACAGUCAUUCGAGGAAUUGUUUUUAAAUUCAAAUGAUUGCUAUCUUUUAUACAUGUACAUACUCGAAAAAAAAGGAACCUUUUAGUUUGAUUUGUUUUUGUUUUUUAACUGGAUUUAUUUUUUCCAGGAAGGCAUCAAGUCAUGCGCAUGUACAUGUACUUAAAUCGGGGAGAUAAAGACCUAGUUUUACAAAUUGUGCAUGUGAUUAAAAAGCUGUUUAAUUUUGGGAGAUGUGUGGAUAUUUUUAUUUCAGAAACUCAUACUUGUAUUUUGUUCAGUGUUAUGUAGGCAUCACUUGUCGGUUUGGCAAAGUAAGCAUUAACGUUCAGUUGUAUGCUAUGAUUUAACUUCCAAAGCUUGAAGUAUGCUCGGUACAUUUUGUGUAAGGCCCGAUUGAUCUCCUUUUGAAAUUGCAUAUUAUUAGUAAAUAAAUGUGUUUUUAUUUUAUAAAAUGGUG